AUGCUUCCAGUUACAAAGGACACACCCGACUCCGACAAUGAUGCAACAUGUGCUGAAUUAAAGGCUGACGAAGGUUACAAAUCUUCGAUAAAUAAUGGCACAAUAAGCCGCAGUUGUAGUCGGCCAAUGUCAAUUUGCUCUGAACCUGAAAAGAAAUGGGUGGACGUGGUGGCAGUUCCACUUAUGAUGGCUUAUGUUACGCGUUAUAUUUACGGGACCGAUAAACUGCGCCAGAAUGCGUUCGAAGUGCGCGGUCUAAAUGGCACUACGACUGGUAUUAUACACUGUGAUGAUUUGGCUAUUUUAAGUCAAUGGCUUAAACUGAUAACUGAUAAUGUUGUAGGAUUGACGCAUUUGCAAGAUAUUUCAAGCAUGAAAAAUGUAAUAACUCGUGUAAAAGGAAGUCAGCCAGCACCAAUUUUACUAGUCGCCAAUAAAUUUGACUUAGAUUGCCAAAGAGAGGUUUCAACAGCUGAAGGAAACGCUUUAGCACAAUUAUGGGAAUGUCCGUUUAUUGAAGCAUCCGCAAAGGAUAGAAUAAAUGUAAAUGAAGUCUUUGCAACCAUAGUCCGAGAAAUGAAUAUUACACAAGAAAAGCGCCAGAAAAAAACAUACUGCUGUUGUACACUUUUAUAGAAAUUUUAAACAAUUUUUUAAAUGUAAUAUUAGCAAAAAGGAGUAUAUUUGUAUAUGCCAAUUAUAUAGAUGAUAAAAUUAUGUAUAAC